AUGGAUUCCGAACGUUUGGCUAGGUCACACGGUUCUGCUCUAUCUUGCCAGUUCCUCCCCCUUCGACGCACGGAGACUGAAAAGCAAACACUGGAAGCCCUGACCUCCAUCCUCUCCGCAAACAACGCCUUGGGCAUCUACUCAGAGUCUCCUUUUCUACGACCCGUCACCCUCCUGCGUCCUGUACAGUUCGCCUUCCCAGCCAAAGCCGUCUCUCAAUAUCCCGAUCCCGAGAACAUGGUCGAUAAGUUGCGGAAUCUGGCAGACCAGAAGUUGGACACCAAUACAAUGCGUCUUCUGAUGGAUCAAUCACGACAGCCAAAUGGCCCCUCUGCCCAGUACCGUCUCAUUCUGCGGUUGGCCUGGGCCACAACCGGACUUUACAUGCCCCGCGACAAGUCCAACCCCCCUCGCGUUCUGGCCUCGGAAGUGCUACCACGCUGUCUCUCCGUCCGCGUUGGUCGUCGCAAUGUCACCCUUCCCGAUCCCACCUUUCAUGGCGGCGAGGUGCAGAAAUUUGGUCAGCGUCUCCGCUUCGCAAUUGACAUCACUGACAAGGUU